CCACUGGGGGGGCCCCGGCGCCCCCGGACCGAGGGGCCCGGAAGUACUCGGCUCAGGGGCCAGGAGGGGCCGGAGUGACUCCGGACUGAGAGGCCUAGGCGCCCAGGACCCCGUCGAGGGGUCCGGGGAGCCUGGGGUAUCCCCAAAGGCGGGGUCCGGGGAGCACCGGGCCCUUGGAUGAGGAGCUGGUUGGAGGCCUGGGUCCUGCCCAGUGGGAGGGGGACGAUAGGUGCUGGAAGCCCGGAUGCCCGCUUGGGAGGAGACCCUCUCGGAGCCUUGGCGGGAGAGCAAGAGUACAGAGUGGGUUCUUCUGAGGAGAUCAGAGUCCAGCUUAUCCCGAGGGGCGCGGUAGAGGCCUCGGCCACUCAGAACAAGGGAAAAAAGGGCAGGUUUUUUUCCAAAAGCAGGGAAGGAAGAGGAGCUCCAAGGGGAAGUGAGCAGGCCCAGGUCUCCCCACAGAUGAGCGCGUGGUAGGAAGACUCCUAGAGCCUCCUGAAGUACGAAAGAGCAGCGUCCAAACCUGAGGAGAUGGAAGGUGUCUAGGUGCCUCUUGAUGUCUAGGUGGAGAACAAAGUAACCUGCGCGGUCAGGGGAUGGAGAAACCUAUCUUUUUGAGAGAAGUAGAGAUCGUUGAGGAAAGAUGCUUAGGGUGUUCCCGCUUUCUGAAAUGACAAAGGAAUUGGCCAGGUGUUAUCUAAUUGAGGGGCAGGAGAGAUGAAGGCAAAAUCUCAACCCGAGGGUCUUUGGAGGAUGAUCCACCAGACAAGGGGGUGAAGCCUUGACCUAGACAGCAGAGCAGGCGCAGCCCUGGAUUCUCUCAAGAUGAGAGAAAUCUCAAAACCACUUCCUAGUAGACACAGAUGGGGCCUUGAUUGAUGUCUGUUUAGGCGAAUCAAGACGGGUUUUAGGAAAAGAGACUCAGACAUAAUUCUAGUCUUGAGGGAUUAUCUUCUUCCUCCUUGCCUCUGUUAAUAGUUACCAAAGUGCAUUUGGGGACCCUUUUUAUUUAUUUAUUUAUUUAUUUGUUCUUUGAGACGGAGUCUCUGUCGCCCAGGCUGGAGUGCAGUGGUGCGAUCUCGGCUCACUGCAACUUCCGCCUCCCGGGUUCAGACGAUUCUCCUGCCUCAGCCUCCCGAGUAGCUGGGACUACAGGCACGUGCCACCACACCAGCCAAUUUUUUUGUUGUUGUUGUUUGAGACGGAGUUUCACUCUUGUUGCCCAGACUGGAGUGCAAUGGCGCGACCUCAGCUCACCGCAACCUCCGCCUCUCGGGUUCAAGCGAUUCUCCUGCCUCACCCUCCCGAGUAGCUGGGGCUACAGGCGCCCGCGACCACGCCCAGCUAAUUUUUGUAUUUAUAGUAGAGACGGGGUUUCACCAUGUUGGCCAGGCUGGUCUCGAGCUCCCAACCUCAGGUGAUCCGCAUCCUCAGCCUCCCAGAGUACUGGGAUUACAGGCGUGAAUCACUGCGCCUGGCCCAACCAGGCUAAUUUUUUUGUGUUUUAAGUAGAGACGGGGUUUCACCGUGUUAGCCAGGAUGGUCUCGAUCUCCUGACCUCGUGAUUUGCCCGCGUUGGCCUCGUAAAGUGCUGGUAUUACAGGCGUGAGCCACUGCGCCCGGCCGGGGAAACUUCUUAUUCAAUGGUUGCACCGUCUCCUAAUUUGAGAGCCUUAUAUCAAGGAUGUAUAUUUAAUAACUUAAAUGAUUUUUUUUUUUUUUUUGGUUCCUAUUUACUUCAGCAAAUACAUUUAAUAGGUAGCUUCUACUCAGCUUCAUUGGGUUUAUUGUGGGGGCAGUAUUUUGGUCUUGCCCUAAGCCAAAGUCCACCGGACUGUAGCGGGAUGACUCCAAAUAACUCUUAUCCCAUCGCUCCCUCAAACAUCUACAUAGUAGUCUCCAGUCUGUGACUUAGAAUUUCACCUCCUCUGUAUACUUCUCUCAGUGUUUCUGCGUAAUUUACUUGUUGACCUCAUUACAUCUUGUAGCACUCUGGAUCACCCACUGAAUGCAUGAGAAGAAAUAAAGGGGAUAUCAAGGAGUUUUGGCUUCAAGUAUUAUAGGUUGAGUAUCCCUAAUCUGAAAAUCUGAAACCCCAGAUCUCCAAAAUCUGAAAAUUUUUGAGCCAACAUGAUGGCCCGUCCCAGCUAUCUGACUUCAUGUGAAAGAUGGCUAAUGCAGAAGUGAGUGUCCCAGUGGGGGAUGUGGUUGUGGUACCCACUGAAGGAAAUGAAGGGGAGAAUCCUGAAGACACUAAAACCCAAGUGAUUUUGCAGUUACAGCCUGUGCAACAAGGGAUUUAUGAAGCUGGGUCGGAGAGCAACACAGCAGUUGUAGCAGUAGAAACUCACACGAUACACAAAAUUGAAGAAGGGAUUGAUACAGGCACUAUAGAAGCAAAUGAGGAUAUGGAAAUUGCUUACCCCAUAACUUGUGGGGAGAGCAAAGCUAUCCUCCUUUGGAAGAAGUUUGUAUGUCCGGGAAUAAACGUGAAGUGUGUCAAGUUCAAUGAUCAAUUGAUCAGCCCCAAGCACUUUGUUCAUCUGGCUGGCAAGUCCACUCUGAAGGAUUGGAAGAGAGCUAUUCGUCUAGGUGGGAUCAUGCUCAGGAAAAUGAUGGACUCCGGACAGAUUGAUUUUUACCAACAUGACAAAGUUUGCUCCAAUACCUGCAGAAGCACCAAAUUUGAUCUUCUGAUCAGCAGUGCAAGAGCUCCAGUGCCAGGACAGCAGACAAGUGUGGUGCAGACACCCACUUCGGCUGAUGGUAGCAUCACGCAGAUUGCCAUCUCAGAAGAGAGCAUGGAAGAGGCAGGGCUGGAAUGGAACUCAGCUCUCACCGCUGCUGUCACCAUGGCCACGGAGGAGGGUGUAAAGAAAGACUCAGAGGAAAUUUCAGAGGACACUUUGAUGUUCUGGAAAGGAAUAGCUGAUGUAGGGCUGAUGGAAGAGGUUGUCUGCAAUAUACAGAAGGAAAUAGAGGAGCUGCUCAGGGGAGUUCAGCAGCGGCUCAUCCAGGCUCCCUUCCAAGUCACAGAUGCUGCUGUUCUCAACAAUGUAGCACACACAUUUGGCCUAAUGGACACAGUCAAGAAGGUUUUAGAUAACAGAAGGAACCAAGUAGAGCAGGGAGAAGAACAGUUUCUCUAUACUCUGACAGACUUGGAACGCCAGUUGGAGGAGCAGAAGAAGCAAGCCCAGGAUCACAGGCUGAAAUCUCAGACAGUUCAAAAUGUGGUACUGAUGCCUGUGAGCACUCCUAAGCCUCCAAAAAGGCCCCGGCUCCAGCGGCCAGCCUCCACCACUGUCUUGAGCCCUUCUCCUCCUGUCCAGCAGCCUCAGUUCACAGUCAUCUCACCCAUCACCAUCACCCCAGUGGGUCAGUCAUUUUCCAUGGGCAAUAUUCCAGUGGCCACCCUCAGCCAGGGCUCCAGUCCUGUGACUGUCCACACACUGCCUUCUGGCCCUCAGCUCUUCCGCUAUGCCACAGUGGUCUCCUCUGCCAAGAGCAGCUCACCAGACACAGUGACCAUCCACCCUUCAUCUAGCUUGGCUCUGCUGAGCUCUACUGCCAUGCAGGAUGGGAGUACACUGGGCAACAUGACCACCAUGGUUAGCCCUGUGGAAUUGGUGGCCAUGGAGUCCGGCCUAACCUCGGCAAUUCAGGCUGUUGAAAGCACCUCAGAGGAUGGGCAGACCAUCAUUGAGAUUGAUCCAGCCCCAGACCCAGAAGCUGAAGAUACUGAGGGCAAAGCAGUCAUCUUGGAGACAGAGCUGAGGACUGAGGAGAAAGUUGUGGCUGAGAUGGAAGAACACCAGCAUCAAGUUCACAAUGUGGAGAUUGUGGUCUUAGAGGAUUAACUGGGGAUCUCAGGGCCAGGAGUUAUGUUUUGAUUUGGAAUUUUAAUUAUUUGUUUAUUUUUAUCAUUGUCCCACUCAUUUCCACAUAGGACCCUUUUUUUUAAAAAAAACAAAAUCUUAUUGUUGUAACUGAAAAUGUUGGGUUCUUCCCACUCCCUCAUUGAAAAAUGGACAAAACAAGCUGCCCUUCCAGAAGUUGAGAGUAGGUCAUUCAAUGUCCUAAUCAUCUUACACCAAGAAAGUAAUUUCUUUUAGGGGAAUUGUCAAGAUAACGAGUAACCCUGUCCAGAAAGCCAUUUCCAGGCUCGUCUGUGUGUGUAGGCAUGUGGUUUUAUUCUUGUAAAGAUGCAUUGACCAAACUCUGGAACACAGAUCUGACACUGGAAGGCAACCCAAUCGCAUGUGGAUGCUGAAGGGCACUUUAUUUUAUAUCCUGAAAAGGGCCUACAGAGGCCAGUACAAAACUCUCAAACAAAA